AUGAGCUUGUCCUCUGCUGAUAUGUCUUCUAAUUGGUUGCUGAGCGGUCUCAGUCUGAUGUUUGAUUCGGGGGUAUCCAAGGAAGAGAAUUCAUCUUUAAAGUUCACUUCUUCAACCAGAAAAUUAAUAAAACAUAGCACACCUGUGGAUACCACACUUUCUAAAAGCAUGAUAUCCAUAGAAAGUAUAUCCUACCUAAAAGAAGCUGGAAGUGAAAGGGGAACUCCUGUGGAGUCUCCCCUACCCAAAACACCAUUUCUAGAAUUUUCAACUCAUCCAGAAACGAGAAGUCUUAAACCUGUUGGUCAAAGGAAAAGACUUUCUACAGUAUCUGCUUCUGAGGAAUCCGAUGCAGAGGUACAGAAUAGCUUGAACCUCUCCUCAGCCAAGCAGGGAUGUCAAAUUCCUGAUCCAUUAACCAAGAAAUGGAGUAAUAUGUCCUUCAGAAAAUCACGCUGUUAUGGAUUACCUGGAAUAAAGGACCCUGCUAAAAGAAAAGGUCGUUCAAAGAAGACACGGAUGGCAAAUGAUUUGAGUCAAUGGGAACUUCGUCAACUCCAAAACAUUGAAGAAGCCACCCAUCAUGAAUUAGUUGUUGAAGUCACAUGA